AUGAUUGUUACUUCGAAAGUAAAGAUCGGGACUACCUCUUUGUUUCCCCUGAGUUUGGGUAACAUAAAAACCCCGGAGAGGGGUGUUUCUCCCCGGCGACCGGAAUGUUUUCUGGUUGUUGCCGCCGGAGACGAUGUGAUGGAUGCUGGUGGUUUCUCUGGUUCCGCGUUCUGUGGUAGAGUUGUUAGGGGACGAUCCUUCCCUGAUUUUUCUACCGGAAUUGUUGGAAUUUUAAAAAAUAAAAAUAUUUCUCCUCUGUUUCAGAAGCAGAGUCCUUUUCGGGGAGGGUCUCGGAGAGUCCUCAACCGAGUGGAAGUGGAUAUCCCUGGGAGGGCAAAUCGAUUUCUAUUUAAAGGGCUGGGUCUCAGCUCUUCUAUCCUGAGAAUCUCUCUUGGUAGUGAUAGAAGUCAAGCUAGACCAGCUCUCGUCGGUGCUGCUUCCAGGACUCCAACCCACGCAGGUAACUCUCCGCUCUCCCACUGCCUCCCUAUUGAACUCUCUGUGGAGACUGACCCACCUCCUCGGGUCGAGUCUAGGGGAGGGAUAAAAGUUAAAUUAGGGACUGCGGCUGUUGUUCCCUCUCCUAGGAAUAUCAAUGCCAUGGGUGUUCAGAAUGUGGAACUAUUAGAAAGUAAUAUGGUGGUGCGUGCUUCUCUUUUGCAGACUCGGACCAUGGCGCAUGUUACUGCAGAUCAGGUGGUGCAGUUUUCGAUGGAAGAGGUCCAAUCCUCGAAGUAUCGCGCUUCUCACUCACUGCUGGGCAGAGUCUUUACUUCGAAGAGGAUCUCUACGACUGAAUUACGAGAGGCGGUGAUCACCCCCUGGCUAAUCAAAGGGCGUAUCAGGGUGGUGCUGGCAAAGCAAGGCUUGGUUGAGUUCAUGCUGCCAAGCGAAGAGGCCAAAAUCUGGGUGUUGAAGCGCACCCCCUGGGUCAUUAAUGACCAGAUUAUCCAUCUGCGGCCAUGGACCCCUGCGGUAACGAAACAAACUUUUGAUGACCUCGCAAUUGCUCCAUUCAGGAUUCAGUUGUGGGACGUCAAAGAGGAUUGCUGUACGCAGCAGUUUGGCAGGAAGAUGGUGGGAGCUACGAUCGGUCGGGUGCUGGAAUCUGGUGUCUUUGCCUAUCAAGACACUGGGGCCUGGUUUGUGAAAGUUAAGGCGCUUGUCGAUUUCUCUAAACCCCUCCGCUCUCAGAUUUUCGCAGCAAAUGAGGACACCGGAAACUUCUGGGUGAGUUUAAAAUAUGAGUACCUGCCCAGUUUCUGCUACCAAUGUGGAAGGGUGGGUCAUUCGCUCCGUGCCUGCUCCUUUGAACCACCCGCUCGACAGGAACGAUAUGGUCCCCAUAUGACCACCAGGAAGUUGGGGAUUCGUAUCUACGACUCGGACGAGAACAAUUCCACCUUUUCAAGAGGCGCCAACUCGGUUUGGGUUAACAAUUCUUACCGCGAUCCUAAAGAAAGGAAGCAGGAUUUUAGCUUCGCGCAUGGUGGGGAGCUGCAGGAACCGUCUUUCCAAAAUCUGCCUCGGCAAGACCUGAAUUCCCCGCGGUUCGUUGAUCCUCCUGCUCAGCUGGGGACUAAGCUAAAAAUGAGUCCUCGUGGCUUCCGAGUUGCUCGUUCGCCCUCUGUAAAGCUUGGCCGAGUUGGGCGUCCGGGGCGCGCGGUGAUGGACAAAGGAACUCGGGGGCAGACGCCAAUCCGAGGUGCCGAACAGGUGACUGAUGAUGCGAGGGAUCGGGCGGGCCGACAGCACCAGCGCCAGUUGCCUGAGAUGUUUGUCGAAGUCUCUGAGGCAAUCGCUGGCGGUGAUGAUCUUCACCUACCGGUGGAACCCAAGGCCAGCACGACUGAGCAUUCUGCCACCUAUCGGAGGAGGCUUAUUUUGGAGGAUAUGGAGGAUGAAUUUGAGCCUCCUUCGCGGGUGGAAAUUGAUCCGGCGCUGGGGGACGAUUGCGGCAGGAAGAAGACAGGGCGCAAAUUGGUGAAGCCUGGGCUUGGUCAGCUACCGACAGGCCUGGCCCAGGAUAAGCCUGUUCCUCGCCCGGCCCGGAAGAAGAAGGCCCCUUCGCUGCCCAGCCAAGAAGAGGAGAGCCCAGCAGCCCGACGGGUGAAACCAACCCGGAUUGGUAAGAAGACUGGGGCCCAGAAGGUCAAGGCGAGUGCUGCUGCUCCUUGCCUUAAAAUUCAAGAUAGUGCCCCUGCUCCUUGCAUUAAAAGUCAAGAGGUGGAGGGAGCGCUGGUGGAUUCUGGGAAAUCGGUGGUUGAAGAUCAGAAGGUGGGGGCUCCUUCUCUCUCUGAUGAUUCUCAGUCGGAAGAGGAUGAACUUCGCUUUGUGGUCAAGAAUCGCCGUCUGGCUGGUGAGCAAGAGCAACCGGUCCAGUCUGGCCAAGUUAAGAAGCGGCAGAUUGGCGAGGAGAUGGCGUGCUGGCCGGCGAUGGCGUGCCGGCGGGGAUGGCUUGCUGGCCGGCGAUGGCGCGAUGGCGUGCUGGACGGAGGGCUGGGGGUCGGAAGGCGAGGGCUGGGGCUGGGGGUCGGAGGGCUGGGGGUCGGACGGCGGGGCGACGUCGAGCUGGACGGAGGGCUGGGGGUCGCCGGUCUUGAGGGAGGAACAGAGGAUGGAGGUAGCAAUCAAUUGGCCAAGAGUUGUACCGGUUGCAUGCAGAUCCCUUGCUCAGCAGUGGCAUGUUGCAGCGAUUUGAUGAAAGGACGGUACGACGGCUGCAAUAAGGGGCAAGCGCAGGAGUGGAGUACGGGCGAUAGGGGAGCAGCAUGGUCACUUGCGAGAGUUGGCAAGAACCAGCCAGAGCAAGCAGUUGGAAAUCAAGUAGUUGCAAAGUUUGCCAUGAUGGUCGGCGCUCUAGCUGUUCAGCUGACUGAAAGGGAGGGAGAGUUGAUUCAAGAAAAGGCUGAAGUGCAGAAGUUAGUUAAUGUCCUGAAACACAUUCAAGAAAAGAUAGUGGAAGUGAACUCGAAGUGGUAUCGUGUAUCAUCUGAAGGUGGAAAGAAAGACCUGUAUCAGAUGAGGAAAGAGCUUUUGCUCGAGCAGAAAUUGACGGCGCCAGUGCUCAAGAACAUGAACGAAUAUCUAAAACGCCGGGGAAAGAGAGAUGCUACUAGGAGUGGGAAGCAGAAGGCAUCACACCCAUAUGAAUUAGAGGGAACUGAAGCCUUAGAGCCGUAUGAUGUUGGACGGACGCUGCAAGCUGAAGUAACUCUCAGUGACCACACAUUGACUACCAUUGAUCCUGCUCCUGGCCUUGGAAGCUAUGUGGAGGCUAUUGUCCGGAAGCAUGAUGUUGAGUUUAAGGUGGUUGUUACCCAGUUGAAUGGCUCACAUCAACCUUCACAAUCAAUCCACGUGUUUCACGACGGAAAGAUGAGGAUUAAGCUCUGUAAAGUGUCUACUACAAUUGGUCAAUUGCUAAGGAAUACUACUACGCUUCCAUGCAGUGCUGCAGUCCAGAGGGUUGAGCAAGCCUCCAAGAACAUGAACGAAUAUCUAAAACGCCAGGACAUGAAACAAUUGAUGAAGGAGGUUCAAGAGGCUAGAAAGAUCAAAAUGUUGCCUCAGCCAAGCAAGGUUAUGGACAUGGAACACGAAUUACGAGCAUUGAGAACUCAGCUCGCCAAGAAGACCAAACAUGCACUUCAGCUUCAAAAAGAGGUCCCUUUUGUAUGUCUGCGGACAUAUGUAAUUUGCUACCCUGGUCUCUGCUAGUUUCUAUGGGAAAAUUGUCAAAGGGACACACUAGAACCAUGGUGAACUCGAAUAUUGGAGGUAAGUGAUAAGUGGGAGGGAUUAAGAUGAUGGGUCUUCGAGGGUUUUGUUAUCCUCUCUGAACAACUGCGAUCUUGCUGGUUUAUAUGAUUUUGG